AUGUCCGCGUCGUCAGACUUGAACAUACACUGUAUUCUUAUCUGCUGCCUUCUCUUUAUGGCUUGCGAGGGUCUUAGUGGUCGUUAUGAUGAACGCUUACGACAUCUUACAGCUGGCGACAUGAUACUUCAAUCACUAGAAGAUUCUGGUUUCACUGCGGAUUCUGCACUGAUUGCAAAGGUUGUCGAUAUGUUCUGUCAGAUUGGCCUUGAAUGCACGGGCUAUUUACAAGACCAUCCCCUCUCUGGAAUCAAGAAAUGGUGCGGCAAGAGAGACAAGGAGUUGGAGUUCCAAACUAUCGAAGAGGCCUCAUCUGCACUUCACCAGCUGCGUUUACAUCACGAGUUUUCCCCGUGGGAUCUACGCGAAGAUGAUACGAUAGCCAGGGAUGAUGAAUUUGAAGAUUUACUUAAUCGAUGGAACGCCGCCUUCGAAGCAUUGUGCCAGAAAAAGCCAAACUCGUCCGUGGAAGAGAUGUCGCAGAUUAACAAUCUACGAUUACGCUACGAAUAUUUGAGAAUGUACAUUGAUGUGUACGACAACAAGGAAUUGAAGCCUCCUGAGCCAUACAAGCGCUUCCUGGAAACUGCAGAGCAGGUCGCCGGUCCUCUUAUUUCACUGAACCAACCUACAUUUUCUCUUGACGGAUGCCUUGUCUCCGGUUUGUCGUUUGUGGCUAUGUCAGAUGAUGAUGCAGAUGUCAAAUCCCAGGCAACAGAUCUCCUUCAGAAACUAGACCAUCGGGAGGGUAUCAUUGACAGCAACGACAUUGUCGAAAUGCAUGAAAUGCUGGGUUUUGAUCUAGGGGACUGGGGUUCUGGCUCAGAUUCGGGCUCUGAGGUUGAGGAACCUGAUCCGCCGUUUUCAGCGCCGACUGGAAUACCACAGAUGCUGGAGGCACUUUCUCGAAGAUCUGGAAAACCAAGUAAGCGGUUGGAAGGCCUGUACUUUCAGACUGACUUAUGA